CCCCACCAUCUCCACCGACAUGUUGACUCCCAUCUACACGGACCAGCAGGGAAACCAGAUCGUGGCGUUAGGACCGGACACCGGCGUGGCUGUCACCACCCAGCAGCCAGCUUUUGUAACAGCAGGGACAGGCUCAACCCAAGUGCAUCAGGCUGACUACAGCUCCCUCGGGAGUCCGGUGGAGGUGCUGCAGUCAUCGCCCGGGCAACAGUUGCCGCAGCAACCGUCCACCCUACUGCUGCCCCCCGACCUGCAGCUGCAGCCCCAGACUAACCUGAUCCCCCCCACCAUACUCAUGAACGUGCCCGUGGUAUCUUCCCAGGGGGAGGGGCAGGCUGACAACUCACAGGUGUUUACACUGAAGGAAGUGAAGAUGCCGUCAGCUGGAUCGUCAGUACAGCCUGGCCAAGACGUGAACAGUGCACAGGUGGACACUCAGAUAGCCUCCCUGCUGCAGCACAUGUCACAACAGGUACAGACAUCAGUGGGACCCACAGCAGACAGCAGCUCCACUCAGGACACUGACCUGUCUCAGUUCCAGCCUGACUCACCACAGACAUACCCGUUAAACCUGGUCCAGACAGCAGGACAGCAGGAGGUCAUACAAACCCUGGAUCAAGGUCAAAUUCAAGGUCAACUGCAAGGUCAGACACAGCAAACAGUGAGGAACGUUCCGCAGCCGACGACGACUGCCCCAGCCACCAGUGCAGGUGGGAAGGACUGUUGUACCACCCGACUUGGCGACAGGAUUACGACCGUGUUUCUGACCAGGCCGGAGGAGCUACAGAGCAUCGCACCACAGGCCGCAGAACUCCUUCCUACGCUGACACAGAGCGCGGUGACGGUCGGGAAGCAGCAGUCGACCAGCGAUCCCGGCCAGCCCAUCUUGCCCGUGAUCGUCAUCAAGACAGAGUCAGACGCCAACUGUUGUAAGUGCACCUGUGACUGCAAGGUGAAGCCCUCUUCUCCAGAGAUCACGGCAACACCGUCAACAACAACAACAACAACCACAACUUCUAGUGCCUCACAACAACAAAUAUUAUCUCCUCAAGUGCAGCUGUCUCCAGAAAGAGUUACACAGUGAUGUGUACUAAUUUGCUUUACUAAAACUCAAGGUAGUUCUCCAAGACUUUCAGUUAUAUGGGUGUCUUGUUAACCUGUGGCUCAAACUAAGGCUGAUGUUCUGUUUUUGUUCAUUUUUGUUCAGCACCAU